GAUUAUUAUUAUUGUUGUUGUUGUUGUUUGGAGUUGUGGGUGACAAACUACAAGAAAUUUUGUUUGUUUGUUUCAUCCAUUCAUCACAUUUUGUUUCCUGAAAUUUUUUUUUUAAUUUAAAUCAUCUUUUCAAUUUCGAAACACCUCAUCCUCAUCCUUAUCAUCAUUAAUAUUAAAAUCAUUUAUUUUCAAACAUGAUAAUGGUGUUAACACCUCGUCAAAAACAAGAAUUAGAAUAUGCAAUUGCCGAUUAUCUAGAAAAUAAUGGUUAUAAUGAUGCAUUCGAAGCAUUUAAAAAAGAUGCCAAUAUUCAAAAAGAUCCGGAUAAAGGACCAUCAGGAAUAUUGGAAAAGAAAUGGAUAUCGGUUGCAAGAUUAUCGAAAAAAGUCAAUGAAUUAGAAGAUAAAUGUCGUGAAUUAGAAAAAGAAUAUGUUAUUGGUGCACCAUUAAGAGAUAAACGUUCACCAACUGAAUGGAUACCAAGACCACCUGAACGUUGUACAUUGGAUGGCCAUACAGCACCAAUAACACGUGUAUUAUUUCAUCCAAUAUUUGUUUGUGUUGUAUCAGCAAGUGAAGAUGGUACAAUAAAAACAUGGGAUUAUGAAACCGGUACAUAUGAAAAAACAUUAAAAGGUCAUACAAAUGCCGUACAAGAUUUGGCAUUUUCACCUAAUGGCAAAUUACUUGCAUCAUGUUCGGCUGAUUUAAGUGUAAAAUUAUGGGAUUUUCAAAAUUAUAUCUGCAUUAAAACAUUAUAUGGACAUGAUCAUAAUGUAUCAUCAGUUACAUUUGUACCAUCGGGUGAUUAUGUAUUAAGUUGUUCACGUGAUAAAACAAUUAAAAUGUGGGAAAUAUCAACCGGUUAUUGUGUAAGCACAUUUACUGGACAUCGUGAAUGGGUUAAAAUGGUUCGUGUUAAUAAUGAUGGAUCAUUAAUGGCAACCUGUUCAAAAGAUCAUACGAUUAUUGUCUGGAAUUUGAUCAAUGCUAAUCAACAUAUGAAUAGUGGUGGUGGUGGUGGUAGUAAUAAUGAUAUUAAAAUUAUGUUACGUGAACAUGAUCAUACUGUUGAAUGUAUAUCAUGGGCACCUAAUACUGCCAAUAAAUCUAUAUCGGAAGCAUUCGAAGAGAAGAGAAAAGAAUUACAAGGUCCAUAUCUGGUUAGCGGUUCGCGUGAUAAUACAUUAAAAUUAUGGGAUAUUGGUACAGGUGUUUGUCUAUUCACAUUUAUUGGCCAUGAUAGCUGGGUACGUGAUGUUAGUUGGCAUCCAGCCGGUAAAUUUUUCAUUUCAGCAUCUGAUGAUAAAACGAUUCGUGUUUGGGAUGUUGUUAAUAAAAGGCUAACUAAAACACUUGAAUCACAUAAACAUUUUUGUUCAUGUAUAGAUUUUCAUCAACGUGCACCAUAUGUUGUAAGCGGUAGUGUCGAUCUAACGGUUAAAAUUUGGGAAUGUCGUUAAAUUAUUAUCUUUAUUAUUAUUAUUAUUAUUUGAAUCGAAAAAAAUAUAUAUAAAUGGACUGUUGUUGGAAAAUUAAUCCUGGAUUA